AUGACGGCAUGCGUCCAAAGUGGCCAGCACAGCAGCCAAUACAAGAGCGUGAAGCACCGCGUGGACGCGAUCGAUGAAGCCAACUGCAAAUACGGCUACAGCAUCAUUGAAGGAGAUGUUCUUGAAGCCGGCGACCUUGAGAAAAUCUCGUACGACAUCACAAUAGAAGCUUCGGCUGAUGGAGGAUCCGUCUGCAAAACCAAAAGCACAUACCACACCAAAGGAAUUAAGGAAAUCGCACAUGAGAAGAUCAAGGAAGGGAAAGAAAGGGCACACGCCAUGUUCAAGGCUAUUGAGAGUUACCUCCACGCAAAUCCCGAUGCUUACAAAUGA